AUGGUUCGCUCGCGUGUGCUUUCUUUUAUCUCGGCAUUCGGUGGUCCGUCGCGCAAAGAUAACUCCGGGAAACGCAAUCGAGCGUCAUCGGCCUCCUUUACCCUCAAUACCUCGUCUCCUUCUCGAGUAGAGACGUCCUCUACAGAUACGCCCACCCCUCCCGAUGCCUCACCAACGGGGAUCACGACCAUCGGGGAGCGCCGUGCAUCAAGGCCGGGGUCGGCCCUCUUCUCUCAUGACCCUCCAUUUAUGGAGCUGUCGGGGGACACGCCCGCGGAGUUACAACCGAUAUUCAACUAUCUCAAUAGCCAUGCGAACAAGCUGUACCAUGAGGGGUAUUUCUUGAAACUGAAUGACCUGGACAACCAUGGCCGGCCAUGCGCCGAUCGCCAGUGGGUAGAAUGCUACGCGCAGCUCGUGGGGACUGCCCUCUCUCUAUGGGACGCUGCUGCGCUGGACGCAGCAGGGGACGAGGGGGACGUCCCUCCGACUUUCAUCAAUUUGGCAGAUGCGUCAAUCAAGAUGAUUGAAACGUUACCGACCCGAAAUCAAGCCACUCCGGCUCUCAAGAAUGUGCUGAGUAUCUGUUCUGCUGGCCAGAACCGAUACCUUUUACAUUUCAAUUCAUUCCAUUCGCUUACACAGUGGACGGCUGCGAUCCGUCUAUCCUUGUUCGAGCACACGUCCCUGUACGAGGCAUAUACUGGCUCGAUCAUCGCUGGCAAAGGCAAACACCUUAACAAUAUCCGAUCGGUUCUUGAGCGGAGUCGAUUCAAGCACGAGGACUGGGCUCGAGUUAGGUUUGGUGCUGGUACGCCGUGGAGACGAUGCUGGUUUGUCAUUACACCUCCGAAUGAGAAGGAGUAUCAGAAGGCCCAAAAAUCGCUCAAAAAGAAGUCCGCAUAUGACAGAGCGCCUAAACUGGUGUUGGGAGACAUCAAGUUCUACGAAACGAAGAAGACCAAGAAGGUAAAACCGAUAGCAACGAUAACCAACGCCUAUAGUGCCUAUGCUAUUUAUCCCCAGUCUAAACCCCUGAUGGACCAAUCGACUUUGGUCAAGAUCGAAGGAACCGUCACCAUCCAUACGCAACCCGAAUCCACAUCCGAGGGAUUCGUGUUUGUCAUGCCGGAGGCACAUCCGGCUGUUCCUGGAUUUGAGAUGAUGAUCAGAUUCCUCAUUCCCACGUUUGACACCUUCAAUCUUUACGGUCGGCCGACACGCCUGAUUGCGGCCACCAACCACAUCAAGAGCAUCAUGUUCGCCUUCCCCAAUGAACGUCGCUACGGGUAUCUGGACAUACUGGAUAUCGCGGGUUUGAUGCAGACGCCUGGCAGCCAGAAUUGGAGCGAAGCGGAAUGGAGACAGCAGCUCAAGGAGGCCACUGCACGCAGAAUGGCAGCCGCCGGCAGCAGAACCAGCAGCAUGUCCACCAGCAAGCCGCGUUUCCGCUCCAGCCUCCCCAACCGCUAUAGCCACGUGCCCGGCGGACCGUCUCAGCGGAGCAAUGCCACCUACCCCGAACGCCAGCCCGGUUUCAACCAGUCCACCGAUGCAAUUGUCCGUGAAGAGCCGGCGGAUGAGUCUUUCUCUUCCGCUUUGCACUCGCGGGUUAAUUCAGACAUUACCGGCAUGUCUCCUCUCCAGAAACCCCCACAGGCGUCCUUCGCCGAGAGCUCGCCCUCGUCAUCUGCUCAGGACGUCGCGCAGCAGAGCAAAGAGCAGUCUAGCACCGGCGAUUUCAAUGACCAGAGUAGCUCCGAAGGCGAAUCGAAGCAGCAACAGCCGGAUCCUCAAGCCGAGGCGAUUGGACAGCAGCUCCGGUCUCCUUCCCCCCCUUCCCCCGUUGUUAUCCCGCCUGCUUUCACGCACGGACCGGGAGAGAUGCCGCCAACACGACCACAGCCUUCACCCGACCUGAGAAAAGCAAACCGAAUGUCGAACGCCACGCUUACCCAGCUGGUCGCCGCUUCUGGGAACAAAAACCUGCUACGUACUGACUCGCCAGCGGGGAGCCAAGGAUCAGCGUAUUCUCACGAACCAAGCCCGCAACAAUCGGUUCCCGACAGCCCUUAUUUCUCAAACGAGGAGCAGAUUGACUUGGGUCCCAUUAUCUUCGACGCUCCGGCAUCACGGACCAACUCUACUGUCAGGGCUAACGGUCCAAGCUUCCUUCAACUCAAUAAGAGCACGAGGAGAAAGCCUUUGCCCUAUCAACAGAGCAAGGAUCUCAGCAUACCCAGCCCCGUCGGAGAGCCUAGCCUCGACGAUCUGCGCCACACGAUGGAUGAGGACGCAUUCAACAGAAUUGGCGCUCACCCAUCGCUGCCGUCGCCUGGUAAGGAUACUCACCAGGACGAAGAAAGUGUUUACGACGAUGCCUCCACGACAUCCCCCGAUUAUGCUAGUACUCGUGGCUCUGUCUACAGCAAACGAUCGGUCAGAUCAGCAGUCCGACCAAGAAUGGGCGUCAUGAAGACCGUCGGAACGGCGCCGGCCAAGGAUUUAGUUAUCGGCGAUGCCCAUUAUUCCCUGGACAAACCAGAGAAAGGAAACCCGGACAUCCCUUCAUUCGACUUUGGGCCAACGCUCACUUACUUGCCCACCACCGGUCGUCCGAACACCUCAGACACGCUGAAGAACUGGACUCACCAGAGAAGUGAUUCUGACGCAACGGAAAGGCAGCGCAUUUCCGUCCCCACGCAACCGAUGGAUCGCGCUCACUCUCGAUCCCCCAGCCAAGAUGAAUUCCGACGAAGCGUUCUGUGGCAACCCGGCAUGGCCGGUGCACGUCCAACCACACCGGGGGCCGGGCUUUCGGCUGAGCAAUUCGUGCAACAGCGGGCGGCACCCAGCCCGCCAGUCCACAUGCACCACCGAAACUCCUCUACAUCACCGCCGCCAGUGCGACCCGUAUCCGGUGACUGGACGGCUCAUUCUCGAUCCCAGUCCACAAUGAAUCUGGGACGAGACGGUCCGCCGCCUCGCCCCCACUCUCGUGGCGCCAACAGCGUGAUGAAUAUGAACGAUAUCUCGUCCCACCUGUCAGCCCGCGAGCAGGAGCACGUCGCUCGCGUGACCGGCUCGUCAUUCUUCAACAUUUCCACCGAAAAGAAGAAACACGAGCCUCAGGUCAACCCCAUGGGUCUGGUUGGCGCAAUUGAUGCGAGGGAGAGGGAGAAGAAGGGUAUCAAAGAGGGUAUGUCGAACCAGAUGGUGCAACAUGCUAUUGCCCAGCGCCAGCAUCACUUCCAGCACCAGCAGCCGGCGCCGACACCUCAACCCAACCCUUACGAACCCUCCAACGCCCGCCACAGCGUCUACAACAUGCCCACCGCAAGCCGCACCUGGGAUGCUCUGAACCAGCCUUAUCGGCCCGAAGAGCCACGUCGUCAGUCUUGGUACGGCCAACUGAGUGCCGCUCAGCAACCACCGGCGUACCAGCAAAGCCAGCUUUUCAGUCAGCAUCCCGGCCACUACGGCAACACCAACGCAAUGCAUUAUUGA